AUGACUGCACUACACUCUAAAAAUUACACAAUUUUUGGCGAGCUCUCAAGUGAUUUGCAAAAAAUAAUCGAUAAAGAAGGACCGGGAAAUAUUAAAUUCGAGAAAAAUCGGGUUGUUUUGGAGUUUUCGAGUGGAAUUUAUAUAGCAGCAGAGAUUGAAAAUGAUAAAAUCAAUAAAAUUCGAUUAGGAAGUUAUGAUUUUCAUGAAACAUUGGAGGAAUUUAAUAAAGCUAGUGGAGAAAGAAAUCAAUCAAGUCUUGAAAAUAUAUUGAGAUCUGCCAAGUUCCUUACAAAGAGCGCGGGAAAAGCUGAAGUUUUGAAAUAUAUUUUGGAAAAUCGCCUACAACUUCGCAUCAAGAAAUCAAAAUAUCAACCAGAAUCUGAAAUUUCGUUCGAUUUAUCAAAUGAAAAAUUCAAUCUUCAAUUGAUUUUCAAUUUUAAAGAGAAGCGAAUUGUCAGAGGGAAAUUGAAUUUUGCCAAAAAUUCGAAAAGUUUUGCGGAAAAUGCAGUGAAUGUUUUGGCUGGAUAUUUGGAGGGCGAAAAAUUGAAGGAUGAUUUGAGCGAGGUUGUGGGAGCAGAUUUUAAAAUGAGAAAUGGAAAUUUGACGGGAGGAAUUGGUGAGUGAAAUAUAAUUUUCUGAAAUUUGCGAAAAAUUCGAAUUUUGGAAUUUUCAACAAAAAAACCACGUUUUUUUCGAAAUUUUAAUUGCCACAAGAUCGAAAUUUUUGAAAACUAGAUCGAUAAAUUUCAAAUUGCCAUGUCAAACAACUUCCAAUUACUAGUGUUUCCAGAUAUCUUGAUCAAUUGGCUCAAUUCGCAAAAUCUUGAAACGAUCGCCACACUUCAAAAAAAUUUCACAAAUGAAAUUCAUCAAGUCUCCCUCGAUAAUGGCGCUGAAAAAUUGAUCCUAAUCAUCAGAAAUGGAAAAUUCACCCAUGCCCAGAUCCAGCAAAUCUGCCUCGAAGAAAAUCUCCAGAAGUUUAUGAGAAUUUUGAAAAAUGGAAGUUCGGAAGAGCUGAGCUCCAUAUUUUCAACAACAUUUUCAUUGCGAUCACAUCAGACGAAAUAUCCCCGAUUUUUAUCGAUUAAUAUUAUUGACCACCUUCGGAAAAGCCAGGAAAUCAAGAUUGAAUCAAGAAUUUAUCCAGGAACUGCGAAAAUCUAUAUGGGAAAAGUGAAGCUAUACAUUUAUCCCAAAAAACUUCAAAUCGAUUCAGGAUUUGUUCCGGAACUUCGAGCUAAUGAAGAUGUUCAAGAUCUUCGGAGCUACUAUGAUUUCUUCGAGAAUAUCCUCCAGACUUCGAAGAUCUCCAAAGACUUCAAGAUGAUUUUGGACAAGGAGGGAACAUUUAUCAAUCGAGCAAGGUUUUUGAGAGGAAUUCAAGGACCAAACAGAACUUUGUCGAUGAAAAAUCUGGGAUUUAGUUUGUAUCAAGUGAACGAUGCGAUUAUUUAUUCUGAUCAAUUGGGAGCAUCUAUCAAUUUUUAUUUUGCGAGAAAAAAUGAGGAGUUGGUUUUGGAGAGAGCUGAAUAUGAUAUUGAUGUGUUUUUGGGUGAAUGA